CCUUCAUCAAUAUUUUAAUUUUUAGUUACGUUUUGUGUUUUUUCCGUAAAAUUAAAUACGAAAAAUACAAUACUUAAUAGUUGUUGAAGUUCAUAGAAGAUUAUUUUGUUUGUUUAACUUAGGAUGUUCUUCAGGAGGCUUUAUAUAUGUUUCCUUGUGUUACAUAUAAAACAUGUUUAUUCUCAACUAUUUAAUGAAGAACCUGUUACCGACCAGUACGGUCGAUUCUUGGGCACACAAAAUAACUUAGAAAAUGAUUUAAAUAAUGUCAAUCGUUUUCGACAGCAAGAUAACGACAUAAAUAUAGGAAACAGUUUUCCAAAAAAUGAUCCAAAUAGUUACAAUCGGGGCAAAACGUCCUACAAUCCAAAAACUUCAUUCUUGGAAAAUAUAUUCGUUAAACAGCCAACCUACUUUGUUGUUGCCUCUCGUAUGGUCCGACCUGGUCUAAUUUAUCAAGUUUCUGUAACAAUUCUCAAAGCAGCCUAUCCCAUCACUGUACAUACAAGUAUAUCUAGUGAUGGUGUUCAAAUAUCUGGUGAUUCCAAGGAAGUUAAAGAGAAUGUUCCCGAAACGAUGCUUAUGCGCAUCCCACCCACAAGUGUCAAAGGAAACUAUAAACUGCGAGUUGAAGGAUUAUACCAAAAUGUUCUCGGAGGUAUUGCAUUCCUCAACGAAACAGAGCUUCACUUUUCCCAGCGAUCGAUGACAAUAUUUAUUCAAACGGACAAACCUCUUUAUAAACAAGGAGAAACAGUUAAAUUUCGCACAAUUCCAAUUACUACUGAACUCAAAGGAUUUGAUAACGCUGUUGAUGUUUAUAUGUUAGAUCCGAAUAAGCAUAUUUUGCGGCGUUGGAUUUCACGACAAUCGAACUUGGGAAGUGUGAGUUUAGAUUACAAACUGUCUGACUUGUCAACAUUUGGUGAAUGGACUAUACGAGUUGUGGCUCAAGGCCAAGUCGAAGAAGGACACUUUACAGUUGAAGAGUAUUAUCAAACUCGAUUCGAAGUCAAUGUGACCACUCCUGCCUACUUCUUCACAACUGAUCCAUAUGUAUAUGGUAAAAUUAUGGCAAACUUUACUAGUGGAGCCCCUGUAAAAGGUAAUCUAACUAUCAAAGCUACAAUACAGCCAAUUGGUUUCUUGAAUUACAAAGCUCUUAACGAUAAAUAUCGAAUUGGUCGUGCAUUGCCGCAGUUUUAUGAUGAAAGAAACAACGAUGAUAAUCAAUACAAUCGAAACUUUAAUAUUAAUAACAACAAUAAUAAUAACAAUAUCAAUAUCGAAAAUAAUGACGAAUCACAACAGAAUCUGUACAGAAAUCAAUAUGUUGUCGAAAGAAUUUAUCAAUUCGACGAAGAAUGGCCAUUUUGGGUUGAUAAGCCAGAAGGACAAGAAAUCUACGAUCCUUGGACUGGUUCGUACAAAAGAACUCUGCCGUAUUUAAGAUAUUUCAAUGGAACUUUUGACUUUAAAUACCCAAUGAGUGAGCUGCUGUUAGCAAUUCCUGGUAAUAUUCCAAGCAUGGAAAUUCUCAUAACAGCAUCUGUUGGUGAGAAGUUUUAUGAUGAAAAAAUAUCAGGCUAUGCAAUCACAAGAGUGUACAAUUCUUCAAUCAAAGUCAAAUUCAUGGGGGAAUCUCCUCAGGUCUUCAAGCCAAUGAUGCCAUUCGUAUGUUAUUUGGUUGUAGAAUAUCACGACAACACUCCACUCGAACCUGAACUGCUUGUUAAUAGUAUGAUGGAAGUUGGUGGUUUCGUAGAGAGCAGAAGUGGAGGUAGAAAAGACUAUUCCACAAGAAGAAUUCGAAUGUCCCAAAAGGCGGGUGUGUGGGAAUUGAAAAUAGAUCUUCGCCAAGAUCUGGGAUUAGAUGAGAGAUCAAGAGAAUUCAAAGAUUUCAUCGAAGGCGUUCAAAGCAUGCAACUGCAAGCUAAUUUUGUUAACGCACGCGGCGAUCGAGCACAGACUGAAUUGUUGUUGAUCAGCUAUCAUUCACCGCGAAAUCAGCAUAUCAAAGUUACGACCAGCACUGAAGACCCCACAGUUGGAGAGUACAUCAUCUUCCACAUUAGAACCAAUUACUAUUCAAACACUUUCAAUUAUUUGAUCAUGUCAAAGGGUGUUAUUCUAGUAAGUGACCAGGAGCCUAUCGAUGAAAGAGUGCGUACAAUUGCCGUUACUCUAAGUGCGGAAAUGGCACCAGUUGCAACAAUUGUAGUGUGGACCAUUUCCCAGCUAGGACAGGUAGUUGCAGACUCGCUAACGUUUCCCGUAAAUGGAAUUUCUCGAAACAAUUUCACGUUGUUCAUAAACAAUCGCAAGGCAAGAACUGGUGAAAAAGUCGAAGUGGCGAUUUACGGUGAACCUGGUUCCUAUGUAAGUCUUUCAGGAAUAGACAGCGCUUUCUAUAGUAUGCAAGCGGGCAAUGAGCUAACAUACGCUAAAAUUAUAACAAAAAUGUCAACUUUCGACGAACAAACAAAUGGAACACAUAAGCAUAUAUGGCACUCACAUGCGGGUAAUCCUGACGAGCUUGUAUAUUAUCCAGCUUCAUCCUUUGGAAUCGAUGCGAACCGAACAUUUGAGUACUCUGGUUUAAUUGUCUUUACAGACGGUGAAGUGCCAAGGCGUUUUGAUACCUGCAAUUUUACUCAGGGAUACGGAGAGUGUCUGAAUGGACGUUGUUAUCGCCUUGAGAAUAAAUGCAAUAAUAUAUUAGAUUGCGACGAUGGAACAGAUGAAAUUGGUUGUAAUAAAUUUAAUGAAACUGAUUUAUUACAAUAUCGAAAGUACCGAUUUAACCGAAUACAGCGACACUACGAGAACGUAUGGCUUUGGAAGGAUGUCAAUAUUGGACCUCAUGGUCGUUAUAUAUUCAACAUUGAAGUACCAGAUCGUCCAGCAUAUUGGAUGAUAUCGGCAUUUAGUGUGAGCCCUUCAAAGGGUUUCGGAAUGAUUCCUAAAGCCACCGAGUAUGUUGGAGUACAACCAUUUUUCAUAAAUGUUGAAAUGCCUAGUGAGUGCUAUCAAGGAGAACAAAUUGGUGUUCGUGUGACACUAUUUAAUUACAUGGAAAUGCCAAUGGAAGCAACAGUUGUAUUGCACGGUUCCCAAGAUUACAAAUUUGUGCACGUAGAAGAUGGCGGUAUUGUCCGAUCUUACAAUCCAAGAACUUCAUUCGGUGAACAUCAAUUCUUCGUCUAUCUAGAAUCACAGGGAACAACUAUUGUGUAUUUGCCUAUUGUGCCUGUUCGUCUAGGAAAUAUUCAAGUAACAGUUCAUGCAGCUACACUUCUGGGAACAGAUUUGAUUACAAGAAAAUUAAAUGUAAUGUCCGACGGCUUGCCGCAAUACCGUCAUCAAGCAAUUCUAUUAGAUUUGAGUAAUCGGGCGUAUGUCUUCCAGUACAUGCACGUCAACAUCACUGAAACUCCAAUCAUACCCUAUCAGGUGGAUAGAUACUUCGUUUACGGCUCUAAUAGAGCGAGAAUAUCGGUUGUUGGUGAUGUGGUUGGACCUAUUUUCCCCACAAUGCCGGUUAAUGCAACUUCUAUGCUUUACUUACCCAUGGAAUCAGCUGAACAGAAUGCAUUUAGUUUUGCUGCUAAUCUGUAUACCAUCAUGUACAUGCGAUUAAUUAAUCAAAGAAAUAAGACAACCGAAAAGCAUGCUUUUGCUCAUAUGAACAUUGGAUAUCAGCGUCAGCUUAGUUUUAUGCGUAAUGAUGGUUCAUUUUCAUUAUUCCGAUCCGAUUGGAAUAAUUCGGAUUCUUCGGUUUGGUUGACUGCUUAUUGCGUGCGAGUUUUUCAGGAAGCAUCCUUUUACGAAUGGGAAAACUUUAUCUACAUCGAUCCGACGAUUAUCGAAAAAAGUGUUCGUUGGAUCUUACAGCAUCAAUCUCCAGAAGGAGCAUUUUAUGAAGUAACGUGGUUACCCGAUAGGAAGAUGAAUAGAACAAACUUCGCCGACCAUUCGCUUCGUAAUCGAAAUAUUUCAUUAACUUCUCACGUCUUGAUAACUUUGGCUACAGUGAAGGACUUAUCUGGAAGUUUGGGAGCGAGAGUUGCGCUUGCUCAACAGCGUGCUGUUUUAUGGAUUGAAAGAAAUAUGCAACUCUUGCAGGAAACUAAAGAACCAUAUGAUGUUGCGCUCACAGCUUAUGCAUUGCUUUUGUGUAAGGCCGCUACAGCCGAACACGUCUUUACAAUAUUAAGAGGACAUGUUAGAACGAUUGGAGAAUAUAUGUACUGGGGAAAUGUCGAAUUACCACAACCGCCUAGUAAACUUGAAAAUCAAAAGUAUUUCUCUUUGCCUCGUCUUCCUUAUGAGUUUGAUGCUUUGAAUAUUGAAACGACUGCUUAUGCUCUUCUCGUUUACGUUUCAAGACGAGAAUUUAUCGUUGAUCCAAUUGUUAGAUGGCUGAAUGCUCAGAGACUUAACGAUGGUGGCUGGGCGUCUACUCAGGAUACAAGUAUUGCUCUGAAGGCACUUAUUGAGUACACAAUUCAUUCGCGCAUCCGAGAAGUUUCAUCGUUAUCUAUUUCAAUUGAAGCAACAUCGCUACCUGGCCAGACGAAAACCUUACACAUCGAUGAUAAUAACUUGGCCCAAUUGCAAAGCAUUGAAAUUCCAAAUGCUUGGGGAACAGUUAAGGUGCAAGCCAAAGGCGCUGGUUAUGCAAUUUUACAAAUGCAUGUCCAAUAUAAUGUUGAUAUUGCCAGAUUCCAAACCAAGCCACCCAUUUCAGCAUUCGAUUUGAAAACAAAUGCAAUAUUCCACGGAAGAAAUCAGUCUCACAUUUCAUAUGUGUCUUGUCAAAGUUGGAUAAAUUUAAAUGAAUCUGAACGCUCUGGCAUGGCCGUGUUAGAUGUGACCAUUCCAACUGGAUAUUACAUUCAGCAACAAAAACUGGACUCAUAUGUUCUCAGUAAUCGUGUGAGGAAUUUGAAGCAGGCCAAAUACUUUGAACGAAAAGUUAUGUUUUAUUUCGAAUAUCUUGACAAAGAAGACAUUUGUGUGAACUUUACAAUUGAACGAUGGUAUCCGGUGGCAAAUAUGUCACGUUACCUGCCUGUCCGUGUUUAUGACUACUAUGCCCCAGAACGAUUUAACGAAACGAUAUUCGAUUCAUUGCCAACAUAUUUACUAAAUAUUUGUGAAGUUUGUGGCAGUUCACAGUGUCCUUACUGUUCUGUUUAUAAUUUAGGUUUCACAACGACAUUCUCAAUAUCACUAGUUUCGUUUAGUAUUUUUAUCUUUAUUCUUAGAACUCAAGUUAAUGUAUGGAUAAGUUAGUACAAAUUAAUUUUUAUAGACAAAAAAAAAAAGGAAUGAAUAUUUUCUUUAAUUCCGUCCAAACACAAAACAUUCGAAUAUUUUUACUGUUUACACUAAAUUUAUUUAAAAUCUUGAACUUUUUUAUUUUUAUAUUAUUUGUACAUUCCAGUAACUUUAUGUUAAAUCAUAAAAGUUAUUUAAAGUUAUUAAAACAUCAAAAACACAGUCCGUCCAAAGUGUUGAAAAUCAUUUUCGAGUUUCACUAGAUUGUAUAUUUUUAUUACUAUUUUGACUUGCAUAGAAAUAAGAAAAUGUAUCCGUCCAAAUAUAAUGAAAAAAAACUUAA